AUUUGUUCCUCAGCUCUCUGAAAGAAGCAUUUUUUCACCUGCUGAACACCGGCUCUGGACAUUCAGACCUCCAACUCAGAAACGAUCUGCUCGUGAUCACAACUCUCAUUGCAGAAAGUCCAGGCUCACAGCUUAUUGAGAGUUCAUUUGCCAAACAGCUUGUGGUUUUCAGCACAUUUCCAGAGCUGAAAAGUCACAACCCUUUGAUCCGCAACCUGAAGCUCAGCUAUAGUAACGAAGACUUGAAAAUGAAGAAGUUGCUGUUGAAUCUGCUGGUUGUUAUGUCGAGGGACUCUGCUGCCCUGCAGCUUUAUAAAGAAGAACGUGUUGUUCUGGCUCUGCUGGCGCUCAUGAAGCCGCCUGUCGCCUCCUCGUCUGAGCGUCAGUCGGGGUCACGUCACUGGUCCGCUGCGCAGAAGGAGGAGCUCCAGCUGCAGGCGCUGGCCACCCUCGCCACCAUCGGGCCGCUCAUGUUGGAGGAGUACAUUUCCUGUGAGGGGAGUACCUGUCUGCUACUCCUGCUGGACUGGUGUGUUGGGCCAGGUUAGGAAACACAAGAAAAACAAGAACAAGCAGAAUCUGUACUGUAUCUGAAAGGUUAAAGGUCAAGGGAAUUGCAGUGUCCUAUCGGAGUGUAUUUGAGCCAAACAAAGUCACUUAUACACUCA